AUGAAACUUGCGCUAGUGCUAUAUAUAUCCACUUUCUAUCUCUUGGGAUUUGCAGCGGCCUACCAGCAAUACUGCAAAUGCCAGUGUGCUUCCAACUACACCAUUUUUGCCGUGGACAAUUGCGGGAACUGCACAAAGUCCUUCUGUCUCACUGAAUACGCAAAUAUCUGCUCCGAAGUAGCAGAGGACACUAUCAAUAUCAGUUGUUUCCAGAUAGAAUCCUUCAAAGAUCAAUUUAUCGUGUAUGGCUUUAUCGUGACCGUGAUAGGCUUGUUGGUGUAUGCCGUGAAGGGCCACCGGGUGCUUGACAACUUGAGGUAG